AUGGCUGUCCUGUCCAGAUUCCGAUUCAGGUCUUUACAUUCGUCCUGUCGCAGUGACGCCAAUUGUGAGCACCGGGAGGGUGUCCGCCUAAAUCCCGGCUCACGUCCACUGCCCAUUAAAUUCAGUGAAACCGAUAAAAUCUAUUUGACGGCCAAAGUGGAGAUCACGGAGGACUUGCCUUUGGAUGCUUUGUCUCAUUUAAAGCUCACAAAACUGGUCGAAGUCGAGCCAAACAAGACUAUGGAUGUGGACAUCCCAUGCGUGGAUGACAUGGGUUCGUGUGAUCUCAAAGUUUGCGACAUAUUCUCGAAGUGGUAUAACGACGUCGUCUGUCCCUUCUUCAAGCGAGACUCCAUCCCCUGCGAGUGUCCCAUCCGUUCCCAUAUAUUCCAAGCCAAGGAUGUCUACAUUCAAGUGCCGUUUGAUAAAAUCAAAGGACUCAUUGCAUACUUAGCAUCGACUUCAUAUCUCAUGACAAUGUUUUACAUAAGAAUUGUGUCCAAUAUUAUUUUGAUCGCUUGCCUACACGUCGACCACUCUCUGGCGGCCGAUUACUUCAAAUAUGACGCCCGACAACCGAGAGGUCACCCCCAAAGUGGACAGAUAUCAGGGCACGAGAAAAGAUCGGCAAACGUUUACGACUUGAGGUGUCCUAAACAGGAAUACAUUCAUCCCUGCGAUUGUUUGGAAUUAGACAAAAGACUGGACGCGGAGUUCGAGGGCAGUGGCGGCGGGGACGAGGAGAGCGGCACAACAGGCGCGCCCGCCGUAGGCCUCACCAUCGAAGAAGCUAUUCACCCGGACCUCAUCGAAACGGUGGCCUUUUGUAAGAACAUCAGGAAUGUCCAGGUCUUGACGGAUGCCAUCAAAGGCUUUCAUGGCCAUAGAAUCAAUUACUUCGUUCUGGACGGUUGCAAAUUGCCGCCUUUCCCUAACAGCCUAUUUAAUGGUGUGAAUAUACUUUGGAUGGAAAUACUAAACUCUACCCUUCAGUUCCACGAGAAUUACUUCAAUUCAAAGGCCUGUCCUUAGACUACACGAGAGGGCUAUGAGAAUACGUUUUCAACAAAAUGUCGUGAAUAUACAGUCAAAUAAUUAUUGUUUUGCAACAAAACGUUUCACACAAACUAGAGUUAACCAUAACAAUGACAAUAACUUAACAAAACAACGAAACCAUUAACUAAUAUACAACAUUAACUUAUUUUAAUGCCUUAACGAAACUAAAUUAAGAAAUAGUUUUUAACUUAUAUUCAAAUCAUACCUAUGGUUGAGAAUGGUUUGAGUUUGCGGUCGUUUGACUCGAUCGGAGUCGGACUUGGUUUUGGGGCCAUAGUUGCCGUCAUUAUUACUAUUAUUAAUAUUUUCAAUGAGUUUAUUAUUAAUAUUAGUGUUUACGUAUUCAUAAUCUAAGCCAUCGUUGCCGUCAUCGCUUUCAUCAUGAUUAAUAUCAUUGAUAUUUAAAAUCGCAUUCAAAUCAUUGACUAUACUUUUAUCACCACUUUUAUCACAAUUAAUACCGAUUUUAUGAUUAGCACUACUGUUAUGACCACUGGAUUCCUGAUACUUUUUAUUCUUAAGCAAAAUCCAAUCAUUUUUCUCUAACAAACUCUUGCAUUUGCUUUCAAUUGUUUCUAACGACACUGUAAUUAAGAAUGUUUUGUAUAAUUGACUGAAACUGAUUUUAUUUAUAUAAAAGUUUGUGUUUAUUAUAACGUCUAAAACCCGUGCGAACGAUCCGCUCUUAUCUACUGUGGGCUUAAAUUGGCUUAAAAUGAGAGGAAUUGUAAAACUGGUCGAGUCUUCAGAGGCCAACAGUUGUCGCAAUUCCUCUUCAUUCAAGUCAAGAGUCGGUGCUUUCAUCUGACCAUUCAAUACAUACGAUAAGCCAUUCAAUCCAUACAAUUGUU